GUAUGAUCACGCACAGAUAUCAUACUCCCCAUGCUCAUUGGGACCUCUACUAUCACUCAUCUUGAGCCCCGAGCAGCUCGUCUGCCAGCUCUUUGAGUGUCAGACACGUAACAAAAAGAGAGACGAAGUCCACAAAGGCCAGUUGUAAUUUUGGAAUGAAUAGUAGUACUCAACGUCAUUUUUGACUUUCUACAUCUUCUCGCAUUCCCCGCUGCACCUCCUUGCCACCGGGCAUUAGACUUGACUCAUCAUGGGCUCGAUGCAGUCCCUAUCUCUGCAGGAUCCCCCCAAUGCCAAUGAGACCUUGAUCAAUUCAGAUGCCUCCACGCAGCCUCCGACCGCCGCAAAUGCCGUCCAAGCUCCAGUACCUACGCCCUCCCUACCAUCCAUUGCACGCUCGCUUUUCCCACCGAAGUUUGUCUCUGCAGUCUCGGAUCUGCUAUACAAUAGAUUGCCACCCGAACUCAUCCCUUUGAUUCUCGAAUACGCGGCAUAUUACUCGGAGUCAAACGUCAGUUUGGCAAGAAACGUAGCCUUAGCUGCUGGAGCACGGAAUCCGAGAGUGAGACCAGGCCUGGGUGGUCAGUGGAGGAACGGGCAAGAGCUGGAUCUUCAAGAAGAGAUUGACGUCGAGGACGCGGGCCUGACCGACGAACCUGGUGCGCUUUGGUACCUCGUCUCGCAGCCUAUCGGCUAUCGACAGGAGGAGGAUCGCCUGAGGGCAGAAGAUCCGCCUUCAGAUCUAGAAUUGGUGUCAGACUCAUCUGGCGGAGACGCAGGCGGUGCUUCCAAGUCUUGGAUCAGAAAAAUUGUGGUUCACACGAUGUCUAAAGAUCAAGGAUGGUCCAGCUCGAGUCAAGAGCACUAUGGCACGUAUGAGCAGUCCUAUACCUGGUUUGAGCUAUCAUUACUGCGGAACGGCAAGGACGUUGAAGGUUCAAGAAUAGACUUUCAACACAACGUACACGCCGGACAGUAUUUUAAGGAACACGUCAACACCUUUGAACCCGAUCACAAGCUUCUUGCCAUGGCCAAGCCCGGUGAUAGAGUUGUGCUCUGGGCAAGAGCACAGUUUCCGGGCUGGGUCAAUCACAUAAGGAGCGCCUCCAUAGCGAUAACGGAGUCACCUUUCCCUCCUCAGCUCUAGACUCAAACCCCAUUCACAUGAUGCCAGACCGUUGGAUCCUUUGCGUGUUCUCAUGCCCUUUGUAUAGUCAAUCAUUUUGUACAUACUUAUCAUCCAAUACCCGUUGCAACCUCGAUCGACCGGAACCUCGUUCCGAGUUGCCGAAAAGCGAUUGCCAAGAUGUUCCAUUCUGUAGCCAGUUGAUUGUCGAGAUGUCUGCGACAGAGCCUCGAAAUGCCAAUAUCCUCCAGCUAUCUAACAGCCUCAGAGACGAUCGCU